AUCCGAUAUUAAAAUUCAUAUCAACUAUGUGUGGUUUGCUGAGAUUCCACACCACUCACUAUUUAAUUAAAUUUAUUUACCAAGUGGCCCAGAUUUUUUUAAAUUAAAUAUGGGCGCCACAAAGGACGUACCUUGGGUUGAAAAAUACCGUCCCAAAAAAAUAUCUGAUGUUAUUUUCCAGACCCAAGCAGUUUCUAUAAUGGAACAAAUCGUAGAAACAUUUAAUAUGCCUCAUAUGAUAUUCCAUGGACCUCCUGGAACUGGGAAAACCUCGGCAGCCCUCGCUAUGGCAAGACAAAUUUACGGAUUGGAAGGCAUGAGAGAACGUGUUUUGGAGCUUAAUGCAUCAGAUGAAAGAGGAAUUGAUGUUGUUAGGGAUAGAAUUAAAACCUACACUAGAAUUAAUAUUUCAAAUAACAGGGUCAAUCCUGAGACUAACAGAGUAAUGCCUAACUAUAAAAUGAUAAUACUGGACGAGGCUGACAUGAUCACAGCAGAUGCUCAAGCCGCUCUAAGGCGUGUGAUUGAAAACUAUUCUAGCAUUUCACGUUUCGUACUAAUUUGCAAUUAUCUUCAUAAAAUUAUCGGACCAAUUUACUCAAGGUGUUCUGUAUUCCACUUCAAACCCAUCGAAACCAACUCCCAAGUCGACAGACUAAAGUACAUUUGCAACCAGGAAGGGAUCACUUUUGACCAAAAGGCACUUGAGUUUUUAACAACCGUAUCAUCAGGAGAUAUGAGAAAAAGUAUUACAAUUCUCCAGUCAACGGCGUGUUUAUAUAAUGAGAUCACGGAAAACGCUAUUAAUAGCGUUUCAGGGAAACCUCCCAAAGAGGUUGUGGAACGUAUUUUCGAGGUUUGCAAGAACCCAGAAGGAGAUGUGGAGUCUGUGUGUAAGGAGGUGGUUUAUGACGGAUGGGAUAUUUCAGCUAUCUUCCAACAGAUUUCCGAGUAUGUAGUUGAGUGUGACUUCAUUGGAGACAUCGAGAAGUCGAAAAUUUCACUGGAAUUGGCAAACAGAGAUUUCGCACUCCUUCAAGGAGGAUCGCAGUAUUUCCAGCUGGCUUCCGCAUGUUUUCACAUCAAAAACACAAUAACUGGGGGUACACCAUCCUAA